AAGCAUCAUGGCGGAGCCAAUUGCAAACCUCCGCUGAGCGAAGCGGUAGUGUCCCCUUCGAUUUGUUAAAAGUACACCAACAAGUAAAGGAAAACGAUCGAGUAAGAUUUUUGCAUCUAGAUCUACGGAUCCUUCAUUCUGUGAGUGAACUACUGCGGAACGAUGCAUCGGAUGCGUUGCAUAUGACGAACCGAGACUAGCUGUGGAUUCGUACAGAGAAACACUGAACCGCCUCAUAAUGCUCUCUUUUUUCCUGCGCGGAAUCCACUGCAGCGACAAACUGCUGGGAUCCUCGGUGCAGCGCUCGCUCUCACUUCCCCGGAAAGCGCUGCUAAGGACUUGGGCGCGCUUCGGGCUCGGACAAGGGCAUGCCCUGCGUCCUGGAGCCGUCCGUGAGGUUGAGAGCGUAAAGCGAAACCUCUGGACUCCGCAGGGGGCCCUGAGAGCCGGGAAGCCGGAGAACAGUGCACAGGUGUCCGUGCAAAGAAGCCCCAAAGGAGGUGCAUCUCUGUCGGCUGCUCAGAAAGUAAAAGAAGCUGGAAGAGAUUUCACCUACUUAAUUAUAGUGGUGGUCGGAAUUGGUGUCACAGGUGGCUUAUUCUAUGUGAUUUUUAAGGAGCUGUUCUCUUCCUCCAGUCCCAGUAAGAUCUAUGGAGAUGCCUUAGAGAAAUGUAGAGCUCACCCUGAGGUAAUAGGUGUUUUUGGUGAACCCAUCAAAGGGUAUGGUGAAGCCACUCGUCGUGGGAGAAGACAACUUGUCAGCCAUAUUGAAUAUGUAAAAGAUGGACUGAAAUACAUGCGCCUAAAGUUCUACAUUGAAGGCUUGGAAAAAGGAAAACAAGGGACUGUACAUCUGGAAGUGAAAGAGAAUCCUGAAAGUGGAAAAUAUGAAUAUCGCUAUAUAUUUGUGGAUUUGGAUGUCUACCCUAGAAGAACCAUAAUAAUUGAAGAUAAUAGAUAGGAAAAGAAUGGCAGAAGCUUUCCAGGCUGAGAUACUUGUUCAUGGUACAGGAGUUUACAAAAAUGGGAUAAAUGCAGGAGAAGUUGAUUGAAAGGUCAUUUUGCCUUUCAUAAAAUGUCCAUGUAAUUCUAGUCCGUGUGCAUGUAAUGCUGGAUAAAUACUGGAAGUAGAGAAUCAUGGUCUUAACAGAAAAUACAAAUUGAAUUGAUGCUUGUUAAUAUAAAUUGUAAGUAAGUUUUGGCAACAACAAAGAUGUGAUUCAUGAAAGACUGUAUCAGUAAAUUGCAGUCUUUUACAUGCAGAGAGUUUUUUUCGAAUUUUAUGAUGAAUUUCACUGAUUGAAUUGGAUUUCCAAGUGGUGCUACAAUAAAGACAUACAAAAUGUG